GGCCACAGAAGGAGUCACUGGCCAUAGAGGGAGUCACCCACUAUAGAGGUAGUCAUUAGUCACAGAGGGAGUAACUGGCCAUAAAGGUGGUCAUCGACCAUAGAGGGACCCAGGAAUAAGUCAUUAUGGCUGAAGAACAGUCUUACUAUGAAGAUAAGAUCUCUAAAGACAUUCUAACCAAGGAGAUUGACCUGGUGGACAGAGACCCAAAGAAGAUUAACGAGGAUGUGGUCAAGUUGGACUUUGAAGAUGUGAUCGCUGAGCCGUAUGGGACUCACAGCUUUGAUGGCGUCUGGAAAGCCAGUUACGCCACCUUCACCGUCACCAAGUACUGGUGUUACCGGCUGCUCUCUGGCCUCAUCGGCAUACCCCUCGCCAUAAUUUGGGGCGUCCUCUUUGCUCUCAUCUCCUUUUGUCACAUCUGGGCGGUGGUUCCAUGCGUCAAGAGCUACCUCAUAGAGAUCCAGUGCGCCGGUCGGAUAUUCUCCCUCUGCGUCCGCACCUUCUGUGACCCCUUCUAUGAAGCCAUAGGUAAAGUCUUCGGCGCCAUCAAAGUAACUCUGCAAAAACAGGGUUGAGGGGCCCCCGAAUGUCAGGACCUCCAGCCCAGCACCAUACACCCCUCAGCACAGCAGUGGAACAUUCUCAUUCUGUAUCUUUCCAUUUCUUCCAUUAUUUGAUGUUUCUUUUGUCUACGACCAAUUAUAAUGUAACAACCUGCAUCCUGUACAUUUCCUUUAUAAAGGCUUCUGCAGUUUUAUGUAAUUCAA